ACUGCCCUGGCUCAGGCCCUCCUCCUCCUCCGCCUUCCUCUGGAGGGAAGGGCGGCCCUUGGCGGGAGGCCGGGAGAGGCAGGGCCACAGCCACCCAAAGCCAGGGCCAUGCAGGGCCAGCCCAGGCGGAGGAGGAGGAGGGAUGGCUGGGGACAGCGAGCAGCGGCUCCAGCAGGGCCAGGGCCAGUCCAGCGGCAGCGGCAGCGGCAGCGGGGAGCCUUUCCUCAUCGGCGUCAGCGGCGGCACAGCCAGCGGCAAGUCUUCUGUCUGUGCCAAAAUUGUUCAGCUGCUGGGACAGAAUGAUGUAGACCAUCACCACAAACAGGUUGUGAUUCUGAGUCAAGACAGCUUCUAUCGGAUACUCACCACUGAGCAGAAAGCCAAAGCCCUCAAGGGCCAGUUCAACUUUGACCACCCAGAUGCCUUUGACAAUGAGCUGGUCGUCAAAACACUCAGGGAAAUCAUGGAAGGGAAAACUGUUCAGAUACCUGUUUAUGACUUCAUGUCUCAUUCUCGCAAAGAAGAGACUGUAAGCGUGUAUCCUGCUGAUGUGGUUCUCUUUGAAGGCAUUCUAGCUUUCUACAGCCAAGAGGUUCGGGACCUUUUCCAGAUGAAGCUCUUUGUUGACACAGAUGCAGACACUCGGCUCUCUCGAAGGGUUCUUCGAGACAUCAGUGAAAGAGGCAGGGACCUAGAACAGAUCUUAUCUCAAUAUAUUACAUUUGUCAAGCCAGCCUUUGAAGAAUUUUGCUUGCCUACCAAGAAAUACGCUGAUGUCAUUAUCCCAAGAGGGGUGGAUAAUCUUGUGGCCAUCAACUUGAUUGUGCAACAUAUCCAGGACAUCCUCCAUGGAGGCUUUUGCAAGCGACAGCCCAACGGGUACCUGAAUGGCUGCAGUCCUCCACGCCAGCGACAACCCUCAGAAUCCAGCAGCCGACCACAUUGAUCUUGAAACUGCCAGGAGGUCCUGCAGUGCUGCGCCUCCUGUGCACUGCAUCCUCUUGGCCUUUGCCCUUUAUUUAAGAGCUCUCCUCCCCUUGCAGGGCUUGAUUGCCUGUCUGCUGGAGAGACUGGUGUGUCUCUGACCAUAUAUUAGCUGUCUGCAGUGCCUCUGCUCCAGAGUCCCCAAGGAAGGGUAAAUCCCUUCAGUAAGAUGAUGUUGAUAUAUUGUGAAAUGGCAAGGUGACACCUCAGCCUUGGUGUUGAGACCACGCAGUUGUGGAAAUACACCUGGGCAAGGGAAUUGAACUUGAUUUGGGUGUCCAAAAAGGUGUGCCACUAGCUAAAAAUCACAUCUUAACCUCAGGUUUGUAUUAAAAGCAAGAAUAAAAAGGAGGCUAGCAGAGCUUUUUGUUGUUGUUCUGUUUAUCAGAAAUGUGUAUCGUUUAAUUUUGGUGGGUUUAUGGAAGAAAGCAGAGAUGGUGAGAGGAAGAUCUGUACUAUCCAGUCUUCUGCAAUCUCACUAUCCAAGUAGGCAAUGCCACUCUUCCCCCCCCCCCCCAUCCCUACCACACCAAGACUGAUAAAAUGCCAGAAUCUAAGCAGUGGUUUUUCAGCUUGAUAGGCUAAACAGUUUGACUUUUUCUGGACUUUCAGCCUUGACAGGUGUUUUCUGAUUAUCUAAUUCAUGUUCACUUUCCCAAGUGCCCACAAACCAACCUGGGAACUGGUUUUACAUUGAUGCUCUUGAACUGUUGGGUUUCCAUCCAAGUAGUAUAGACCCAUUACCAUCUGGUUUUCAUCUCAGCUAUGCAGAAGGGUAGUUAGGCCUAUGUCAUCUUGGAUGAAUGUGUCUGUGUUAAGCACUUUGGAGAAUAGAGAUUGGGACCAGUGCCUUGGACCAAACCAGGGACAAAGAAGUACACCAUUUUGUGUGUGUGUGGGGGGGGGGCUUGUCUGAUACAAAAUAAAGAGUCUGUCCCCAGGGUACUUUCUCACUGACACUGAUUCUUUAAGGCAAUACUCCAUGCUCUAGUCUAGAAACUGCAAUGGCAACUGAAAUGAAAUGGUUGAACAAUGGCUUGCUUUUUCCUUAUUUUGGUGCCUAGCUAGCUGGAAAAAGAGGACAAAGAGUGGGAAUUCCCUGCCUUCUGCCAUGUACACUCUCCCCCUUUCCCUAUUGCACAGAAUCCAUCACCUAGUGUUUCAUUCGACCAAUGAUGGGAAAAGGAGUUUUCCAAAAUAUACUCCUUGUCUAGGGGGCCUGUUUUUAGGGAGGUUCAGUAGAUGCUUUAAAGGGUGUGGACUCCCUCAGUUAUGGUUUGGAUGUGAUGUGCCUCUCUUGAGCCUUAAUAAAGGUGACAUU